GUGCAGCAAGAGACAAGAAAAAAGGAUCAGGUGUGGAAAUUUUAAUCGAAGAACAGUGGGAAAAACAUUUAAGGAAACAAGACUUUUGUGAUACAUACAGAGACAUGCACCCAACGUGCCAGAAGUUUACAUGGUCUAACAAAGAAGCAGCAACAAGAAUUAAUUACAUAUGGGUAUCAGAAGAACUAGCCUCUGGAUUACAAAAAGCAGAAAUCGAAGAAGCAGAAGGGAUCACUGAAAGCAAUCACGAAAUAAUAAGAGCUGAAAUAUGA